CCAUUUUUUGCAAAAUUCGAAACAAUGCCAAUUAUCUCCCACCACCUCACUUUUUCCUUCAACAAAUUUUCUUUCUCCAAUUCCAAUUCCAGAUUUCCGUUUCCUAAUUCCAACCAAUUCCACAAAUUCCCCAAAAUUCUCACUGUUAAUUGUGCUCAGAAGGCCAAAAGGACCGGAAAAUUGAGAUAUCCAUCGGAGAAAAAGAAGUUAAAGCACCAGAAAAAGUCCCAAACCGGCGGCGCAAAUCCAAUUGAAGGUAUUUGGAGGCUUUCCGGCGUCGGAGUUCCGGUCAAUGACGACCCCGGAAAAGACUUUCUCGGUGUUUCUGCCGCUCUGCUCAAGGAGAUUGCCAAAAUUAUUGAAUUUCCGGUUCCUUCAAUGUUGCCACCAGAGGCUUUCAGGGUGGUUCGAAAAUCAUUUGAUGCAAGGAAGAAAGAGCCCAAGUUUGUACACACCGUGGAUAUGGAUGUGCAAAAACUCGUAAGCCUUGUGCCUCAUACGCGGGAGUUCAUUUCUGAACUGGAGCCAAAAACUGGGAGUUUGGAGUUUCUGCAAGACGAUAGUGUUUCGGGCGAUUUGAUGAGUGUCAUACGCAAUCACCGGACAAUAGACGAAGAAGAUGCAUCUUCUGAGAAAGUUAUGCAGAGUAAUAACGAAAUGGGAGCUUCUAAAUUAUCUCCCACAAGAAAACCGAAAGUAGUAGUUGUUGGUAGUGGACCCUCAGGAUUGUUUGCUUCUCUCGUGCUGGCUGAAUUUGGUGCGGAUGUUACACUAGUGGAAAGAGGGCAAGCGGUUGAACAAAGAGGACGCGAUAUUGGUGCUUUGGUAGUCCGUCGAAUGUUACAGCUGGAAAGCAAUUUUUGCUUUGGAGAGGGUGGUGCAGGUACUUGGAGUGAUGGGAAGCUGGUUACAAGAAUUGGGAGAAACAAUAGUAGUGUGACAUCAGUUCUGAAGACAUUGGUUCAGUUUGGAGCUCCAUGUAGUAUAUUGGUCGAUGGGAAACCUCAUCUGGGAACUGACAGAUUGAUUCCACUACUAAGAAACUUUCGUCAAUACCUGCAAGAGUCGGGUGUAACUAUCAGAUUCGGGACGAGGGUAGAUGAUCUGCUGGAAAAGGAUGAACGUGUUACAGGCGUUCAAAUCUCUGAUUCAAGAGGCAGCAGUGAGUCUAGUAGCCAGAAAUUGGAAUACGAUGCUGUAGUUCUUGCUGUGGGGCAUUCUGCACGAGACACUUAUGAAAUGCUUCUUUCUCAUAAUGUCGACUUGGUUCAAAAAGAUUUCGCUGUUGGCCUGCGGAUAGAACAUCCCCAGGAACUGAUAAACGAUAUACAGUAUUCGGAAUUAGCAAGAGAGGUUCAACGUGGACGUGGAAAAGUACCCGUAGCAGAUUACCAGGUUGCUGAGUAUGUCAAUCACAAAUUUAAGGAUACACCCUCAAUUUCGGAGCCAACGAGUCGUAGUUGUUACUCAUUUUGCAUGUGUCCUGGAGGCCAGGUGGUCCUCACCAGCACAGAUCCAUCGGAACUUUGUAUAAAUGGUAUGUCAUUUUCUCGGCGUGCAUCUCGGUGGGCAAAUGCAGCACUUGUAGUAACUGUGUCAUCAAAAGAUUUCGACGCUUUAAGUUUGAGUGGGCCUCUAGCAGGUGUUGAAUUUCAGAGAACAUUAGAGCGAAAAGCAGCUAUAAUGGGUGGUGGCAACUUUGUGGUUCCUGUGCAAACAGCUGCUGAUUUUCUGUGCAACAGAUUGUCAGGAACACCUGUGCCAGAAUCCAGCUAUCGAUUAGGUGUAAAGGCUUCAAAUCUUCAUGAGCUAUUUCCUGUUCAGAUUACUGAAGCUUUACAGCGCGCACUUUCAACGUUCGAAAAAGAGUUGCCGGGAUUUGUCUCCACCAGUGCCCUUCUUCAUGGAGUGGAGACGAGAACUAGUUCUCCAAUCCAGAUAACUCGAACAAGUGAUACAUGGGAGAGCACCUCCUUAAAAGGGCUGUAUCCAGUGGGUGAAGGUGCAGGAUAUGCCGGUGGAAUAGUGAGUGCUGCAGUUGAUGGAAUGCAUGCUGGAUUUGCUGUAGCACGAAAUCUUGGUCUGUACAAUGGCAGCUUAGACUCGGUUAUGGGCAAGCCUCAAAAUGUCGGGUUUGUCAAAUACUGAAAGUUCCGUUUCUUCUUCACUCUGUUUUCCAAGCUCUAUAAUCCAACAAGCUAAAUGAAUCACUUCUUGAUGGGGCAAUAAACUGUGAUGGAGUCUCAGUUAAAAAAAAUGUUAUGUCCACUGCUCUAAUCAGAAGAGAUCAAAUGUUGACUCUGUGAGGAAGUAAUUUUGUAGGUUUUGAGUAUAAAUCAAUUGAGGUGAGGUUAAUUUGGGAAUUUUUGGGUUUUAUGUUUGUCUUUUAAUGAAAAAUCUCACAGGAUACUUGAGUUGUGCAGUAAAAAUGUAAAAUAUGUUUUAUGUACGAUUUUGUGUUAAUCUAAAGUUAGAUGAGUUGAAACUCGACUCAAGUGUAUUUGUUUGGUUAACCCCUUUGGUUUGAGCUUUAUGUAAAGGGUCUAUUAUAAUAGUCUGACAGCAUGCUGUGUUAUUUCGUUGUUACAAUGAGAUGUUAUUUAGAAGAAAUUCAGAUCGAAAUGUUAUGAAUUGAGAUAGUAUGCUAAUAUAAAAUUUGUGUUGUUAUGAAUCUAUAUAUUAAUUGUAGAACGAGUAUUAAUAUACCAUUACUUUAGAAAUGAAUUGUUGGUCGCUUAACUACACUGCAGUUUUAGUUAUGCGUGCUUGUGUAGUUAUGUGUAUGCUGUGAAAAUGUAUGCCUAUGAUAUGUUUAAUUGUUAUCAAUAUUUGUUGCGUAUUUUAUGUUUCUCAUAAUUACACAAUUUUACGUACUUUACAGCCGAAUCAAACCUAAUGGCACAAAAAGAACUAGACCAAGGCAGCUGGACCCGACAAUUCCGAUCCAGCCUACACUCAACAGUAGACUUCUUCGCAAAUGUCAGUCUGCGAAAAGCGCACUACAAAUGCCUCAAAAGAACGCCAUUCUACCGGCUAAUUUUACCGUUUGCCAAGCAUGAAAUAUCCAUCUCGCAAGUCACAGGGACACAAAUAGGCACAGUCCUCAUAUUGAAAACAUACAACAAAGAGAACAGAGUAUUCAAGAUUGGAGGAAGAGAAUUGCGCGUCACAGAGGAGGAUUGCAAUCUCAUAUUCGGCAUCAAAUCAGGUGAAAAAAGCAUAAGUAUUCGCAGAACCACCAAACUAGAAUUCGGUCUAACCAAUCGUAAAUUUAGAGACGUAGAAAAAAUACGGUUGGGGAUGUUGAAGCCUAAAAUGCUGGAAUGCAUUGACAGUAGGGAUGACGAAGAUGUGGUUCGUAUAAUCAUACUCCAUGUACUUACAUCCUGUUUUUUUGCAACUUCCGGAGACCAAGUCAGCUGGUGGAUGGUACAGCUGUGUGAUGAACUGUACAAACUCAUUGAUUACAAUUGGGUAGGUUACAUCGUCGAAUUCCUGAUGAAAUAUGUGCAGGAAACAGAACCAUCAUUAGUCCGUGGAUGCACAACACUAUUGUUGGUAUGUUUGCAUAGUUAUAUAUACAUUAAAUGGUGAUCAACUCUGCAUAAUAGUAUUUUUGUUAG